GAACCAGUUGGGUGAAGAUAGUCCUGUGGUGUAGAGUGUCUGUGCAGUGGCCGGUGUUGCCGUCUCCGUCUCCAUGGCGUCCGCGCGGGGCCCUGCGGUGCGGGCUACAAAAACCAAGAUCUCAGAUGACAGUGAUGCUCCCCCAGUUAAGAGACCUCAUAUCUUCUAUGGCAGUUUGGAGGAGAAGGAAAGGGAGCGUAUUGCCAAAGGGGAGCUGGGGCUGCUAGGAAAAGAUGGGAUGAAAGCUGCAAUCCAGGCCGGCAACAUUAACAUUAGCAGUGGUGAGGUCUUCGAUCUUGAAGACCAUAUGAGUGAGCGCCAGGCAGAAGUGUUGGCUGAAUUUGAGCGCAGGAAACGUGCUAGGCAAAUCAAUGUUUCCACUGAUGACUCUGAAGUCAAGGCCUGCUUACGAGCUCUUGGGGAGCCCAUCACACUCUUUGGAGAAGGGCCUGCAGAAAGAAGAGAAAGAUUGAGAAAUAUCCUCUCGGUGGUUGGCACUGAUGCCUUAAAAAAAACAAAGAAAGAUGACGACAAGUCUAAGAAAGCCAAAGAAGAGUAUCAGCAAACCUGGUACCAUGAAGGACCAAGCAGUUUGAAAACAGCUAGAUUGUGGAUCGCCAACUACUCACUCCCCAGGGCAGUGAAGCGGUUGGAAGAAGCCCGACUGCUCAAAGAAAUUCCCGAGGCUACCAGGACAUCCCAGAGGCAAGAACUGCACAAGUCCCUAAGGUCAUUGAAUAAUUUCUGCAGUCAGAUUGGAGAUGAUCGCCCCAUCUCUUACUGCCAUUUCAGUCCCAAUUCCAAACUCCUGGCUACUGCUUGUUGGAGUGGGCUGUGCAAACUCUGGUCUGUGCCUGACUGCAGUCUCGUUCACACUUUACGAGGGCACAACACCAAUGUGGGGGCAGUUGUAUUCCAUCCCAAAGCUACUGUCUCCCUGGACAAGAAGGAUGUCAACUUGGCCUCAUGUGCAGCUGAUGGUUCUGUCAAACUGUGGAGCCUUGAAAGCGAUGAGCCGGUGGCAGAUAUUGAAGGUCACACCAUGAGAGUGGCACGAGUGAUGUGGCAUCCCUCUGGGAGGUUCCUGGGCACCACUUGCUAUGAUCACUCCUGGCGCCUGUGGGACUUGGAAGCUCAGGAAGAGAUUCUUCAUCAGGAAGGCCACAGCAAAGGGGUCUAUGACAUUGCUUUCCACAUGGAUGGAUCUCUCGCUGGGACUGGUGGCCUUGAUGCCUUUGGCCGGGUGUGGGACUUGCGGACCGGGCGCUGUAUCAUGUUCUUGGAGGGUCACCUGAAAGAGAUCUAUGGGAUCAACUUCUCCCCAAAUGGAUACCACAUAGCAACUGGCAGUGGGGACAACACUUGCAAGGUGUGGGACCUCCGCCAGAGGAAGUGCAUUUACACUAUACCUGCCCACCAGAACCUAGUGACAGGGGUGAAGUUUGAACCCAAUCAUGGAAACUUCCUGCUCACAGGCGCCUAUGAUAACACAGCAAAAGUCUGGACCCAUCCAGGCUGGUCCCCAUUGAAAACACUGGCUGGCCAUGAAGGAAAAGUAAUGGGACUGGAUAUCUCCUUAGAUGGGCAGCUCAUGGCAACAUGUUCGUAUGAUAGGACCUUCAAGCUGUGGAUGGCGGAGUAGUCAGUUUAGAACUGCUAGUGAUCUCGGACAAGGACUGGGAAAAAGCAUCAGCCGUUGAACCAGAUAGAGUGACUGGAGUCGCUGGUAUUAGCUUUCAAGCUGUUUAGCUGGAUUAGAGCUGGGCUGUAUUCUCCUCCCUCAUCUAAGGUUAUUUUUGUAUUCUGCCUCUUGUUUCUGAGGUGAAUUCUGCUUCCCAUCUCUGUGAGCAUAAUGCAGUUUCUCCUCUCCUUGUUUAUAAAUGUUUGUAAAUACCCACA